AUGAUGACGAACGGGGCAAAGACGCUGUAUGACAAGGUGUUUGAGGCGCACAUUGUGCACCAGGACGAGUCUGGGAGCUGUUUACUGUACAUCGAUAGGCACUUGGUGCACGAGGUGACUUCCCCGCAGGCAUUCGAGGGGUUGAAGACCGCUGGGAGACCGGUGCGGAGGACGGACUGCACCCUGGCGACGGUGGACCACAACAUCCCGACUGAGUCUCGGCGGCACUUCCGCAACACGGAGUCGUUCAUCAAGGAGGCGGACUCGCGCCUGCAGGUGCAGACUUUGGAGCAAAAUGUGAAGGACUUCCACGUUCCAUACCUCGGGAUGAGCGACGAACGGCAGGGGAUUGUGCACAUCAUCGGGCCUGAGCAGGGGUUUACGCUGCCGGGGACGACCGUGGUGUGCGGGGACUCGCACACGUCGACGCACGGGGCGUUCGGCGCACUUGCGUUUGGCAUCGGCACGUCGGAGGUGGAGCAUGUCCUGGCCACGCAGACGGUCAUCCAAAGCAAGUCGAAGAACAUGCGGAUACACGUGGAGGGGUCGCUUUCCCCGGGCAUCACGUCCAAAGACCUGAUUCUGCACAUCAUCGGGGUGAUCGGCACCGCAGGCGGUACGGGAUGCGUGAUAGAGUUUACAGGGCAGGCAAUCCAGGAGCUAACGAUGGAAGCGCGGAUGUCCAUGUGCAACAUGGCGAUUGAGGCCGGGGCUAGGGCGGGCAUGAUUCAGCCCGACGAGACUACCUUCGAGUACCUGAAGGGUCGGCCGCUUGCGCCGACGGGCGCCGAGUGGGAAAAGGCCGUGACGUAUUGGAAGACGCUGAAGACGGACGAGGAUGCGGUCUUUGAUAUUUCGGUCACAGUUAAGGGCGCAGAUAUCAGGCCAACAAUAACGUGGGGCACGUCGCCGCAGGAUGCCUUGCCGAUUGACGCCGCUGUGCCCGACCCAGCAAAUGUAUCCGACCCUAUCAAGCGCUCUGGUAUGGAGGCUGCGCUCGAAUACAUGGGCCUUGAGCCAAACACCCUACUCAAAGACAUUAAGAUUGACAAGGUAUUUAUCGGGUCUUGCACCAACGCGAGAAUUGAAGACCUCAGAGCUGCGGCUGCCGUGGUCGAUGGCCAUCGCAUAGCGCCCACCGUUAAGCGGGCAAUGGUGGUGCCAGGCUCGGGUCUAGUCAAGAAGCAGGCAGAAGCUGAGGGGCUAGAUAAGAUAUUCGAGGCGGCCGGGUUUGAAUGGAGAGAGGCAGGUUGUUCCAUGUGCUUGGGGAUGAAUCCAGAUAUCCUGGGUCCAAAAGAAAGAUGUGCUUCGACUUCCAACAGAAAUUUCGAAGGGCGGCAAGGGCGCUUGUCGCGUACCCAUCUUAUGUCACCAGCAAUGGCUGCAGCUGCAGGCAUUAUGGGGCAUUUUGUGGAUAUAAGAGAAUUCGAGUUCAAGGAAAGCAGUGCUCCGAAAGUGGAGGUUAGACAUGAUACGGACAGUUCCACCUUAGAAGAGGCGAACUAUGGACACGCAAAGGAGGAGCCGCCAUCUGCCGAGCUCUCUGAUGUUGCUAAGCAGGAAAAGGUCAACGACAUCCCAGUUUCGAACUCGUCUACGCAAUCCCCUGGCUCCGCGCCAUCCGCGGAUGCAGGCUUACAACCAUUCUUGCAACUACAGGGGAUAGCAGCACCGCUCGAUAAAGCAAAUGUUGACACGGACGCCAUUAUACCGAAGCAGUUCUUGAAGACUAUUAAGCGCACAGGGUUGAAAGAAGGUUUGUUUUACGAUUGGCGGUUUGCUAAGCAUGCUGAUGGAAAGGUCACCGGCACGGAUUUUGUCUUAAACAGGGAACCUUACCGCAAAGCAACCACAUUGGUUGUCACUGGUCCUAACUUCGGCUGCGGCUCCUCUAGAGAGCAUGCGCCAUGGGCCUUGAAAGAUUUUGGAAUCAUGUGUAUUAUCGCCCCUUCGUUCGGUGAUAUAUUCUACAACAACUCUUUUAAAAAUGGGCUGCUCCCAAUCAGGUUGCCUCAAGACGUGAUUAAGGAGAAGCUAUACCCUAUUGCCUCUGCGGGAGGUGAGCUUGUUAUCGAUCUACCAGCACAGCAGAUCGCAGAUGGUGAGGGACAUAUUCUUGUGACCCAAUUUGACGUUGAGCCAUCCAGAAAGCAUUGUCUAGUUAAUGGUCUGGAUGAUAUUGGGCUAACGCUUCAAAAGGAGCGCUUUAUUGCUGACUAUGAAGCGAUGAGGCGGAGAGACUUCUCCUUCCUCGAGGGCGGCUCGAAGCUUCUCCCUCGUAUUUCUCACAGCAAACCUACUUCCAUGCCACAGGCGGCGAACGACUGGUAG